CGCCGUCCUCACAUCUUGUGUCUCCCCCCUUCCAGAUCAGACCACUUUCCUGAAGCACUCUGACAGGCAGAGCAUUCUAUUCCUUCACCAGGCAGAUCGCCACAACUUGGUCUUCUGACCCUUGCGACAGAUGCCAUGGCCAGCAAGGCAGUUUUUCUCUUUCUCGCCCUCUUCGCUGGUGCCGCGUUCUCCCACGCUGGUCGUCCUCUGCCAGUAGAUAGCGACAAUUCCGUCACCGUCAUUCCCAAGGAUGACGACAACACGGUCGCCGCAAUCCCCGCUGACAACGACAACACGGUCGCCGUGAUCCCCGCUGAUAACGACAACACGGUCGCCGUGAUCCCCGCUGAUAACGACAACACGGUCGCCGUGAUCCCCGCUGAUAACGACAACACGGUCGCCGUGGUUCCCGCUGAUAACGACAACACGGUCGCCGUGGUUUCCGCUGAUAACGACAACACGGUCGCCGUGGUUCCCGCUGAUAAUGACAACACGGUCGCCGUGGUUCCCGCUGAUAACGACAACACGGUCGCCGUGGUUCCCGCUGAUAACGACAACACGGUCGCCGUGGUUCCCGCUGAUAACGACAACACGGUCGCCGUGGUUCCCGCUGAUAGCGACAACACGGUCGCCGUGGUUCCCGCUGAUAACGACAACACGGUCGCCGUGGUUCCCGCUGAUAACGACAACACGGUCGCCGUGGUUCCCGCUGAUAACGACAACACGGUCGCCGUGGUUCCCGCUGAUAACGACAACACGGUCGCCGUGGUUCCCGCUGAUAACGACAACACGGUCGCCGUGGUUCCCGCUGAUAACGACAACACCGUGGCCGUGAUUCCCGCUGAGGUGGCAGAGGACAACGUGGCUAUCGCUCGGCCGUCGUCCGACGUCAACCCGAAGAUCGUUAUGGUGGUCUAAAUGUGAAGCAUAUUUAUUUAUACCGGUAGUACCUACAGAUCCUGGGGAAUGCGACGGCGGAACCCAUUCUGAUUGUGUAUAUUCAGCCUUGCUAGACGGCGUAUGGCUGUCAUGUGUAUCUGUCUGUGUCUCCAUGUGUUGCUUUGAGGCCCCUUCAAGCAUCUGAGUUCCUAUAGACGCGCUAGUAUCUGUCUGUUGUAUGAUGUAUCCCUGUGUGGACCUCUUUAUAUGUGUAAGGGACGGGUGUUGUGCUAUACGACAUAAAGUGUUGGCAUUUGA